AUAUCAUUAGUGUGCCCGCAACAAAGGGAGUAAAAGCAAUCUACUGAGACACACAUUUACACAACUUACAUGUGGACAACAAACGCAGGAAAGUUGCAAUACGACCUACUACAAUCGUAAACUCAUUCAAGGCAUACGGUGACGACGAAUUUUUUUUAUUUGAAAAGAAAGAAAAAAAAAUUAAAAUAAAAUCUAAGGAAAAAUGGCACCAAUAGAGCAAAAUACGAGUUCAGCUGAUGGCCAACAGCAGAAGAGCCAACCUGUUGUGGAUCGUGAUGCGGUAAAAAAAGAACGUGAAGCACGUCGUCUUGCCAAAUUGUCGGCCAAGCAGAAGGUACAAGAUAAAUGUCGAAAUUUACCGAAAGAUGCUGAUGACAAGCAGCAGUCAGAUCAAAAAUCGGAUAGCAAUACAAAAGUGGUGAAUCAAACAACAACUUCAAAAGGUGAAUCGAGUGGUUCGAAUCAAAUUUUGCACCGUAAAACGCAAAAGCACGGGAACGUUGAAGAGAAAAACAAGCCAACAAAUUCGAAUACACUAACACAAGCACUAGAUAAACUAAAAAUUAAUAAUGAAACAAGUGAAGCAAGUAAUAGUGUGUUACAUGAAAAACCUGAAAAGAAACAAUUAUCAAAGGCCGAACGACGGGCUAUUCAAGAAGCACAGCGGGCAGCCAAAGCAGCUAAAGUGGCUGAGAAACCGGCUCAAAAUGCUGAAAAGCAAACAGUGAAAAAAGAAACGUCCGUAACAAAGCCAACUACCGGCACAAAGCCAAUACCAUCGACAUCCAAAGACGCAUGCAAACCAUCAACAUCAAAAGAAGUCAAUGUCCGAAGAUCACAACCGCAAUUGCAUCGUGUUAAACUAUUUAAUCAUUUGUAUACAAAUAUAUCACGCGAUAAUGUACUCAAUUCGGGCACCAUUCAUCCGGCAAUUGUUCGGCUUGGUGUGCAAUAUUCAAGUGGCAUUGUAAAAGGAUGUAAUGCACGUGGUUUGGCAUUUAUGAGCGCGAUGAAAGAAAUGAUUGCCGAAUAUGAGACACCAUCACAGAAAGAAUUUUCACGCAGUUUAGAAGAUGUUAUUAAAAAAUGUAUCGAAUAUUUACAACAAUGUCGGCCGCUAGCCGUGUCCGUUACGAACGCAAUGAAAUCAAUUCAAUUUCAUUUACGGCAAUUGCCCAAAUCGGAAAAAGAUGCUGAGUUGAAGACAAUACUAUUGGAAUCGAUUGACACUUAUGUACGUGAUCAAAUUGAUAAAGCGGCCGAAGCGAUUAGUCUAAAGGUUCAGGAAAAAAUAUCAGAUGGUGAUGUGAUUUUAACAUUUGGCUGUUCAUCGGUCAUUUUGAAUAUAUUGGAUGAAGCAAAAAAGAGUAAAAAUUUCCGUGUCAUUGUGGUCGAUGCUCGACCAUGGCAUGAGGGCAAAGAAAUGCUGCGUCGUCUCGUUGCCAAAAAUAUCAAAUGCACCUGUGUUCUUAUAAAUGCGGCCGGUUUUAUUAUGCCCGAGGUAACAAAAGUUUUACUCGGCGCUCAUGCACUAUUAGCCAAUGGAUAUGUAAUGUCACGAGCUGGAACAGCCCAAAUAGCCUUAAUAGCCAAAUCCUAUAAUGUUCCCGUGCUAGUGUGUUGUGAAACACAUAAAUUCAGCGAACGAGUUCAAACGGAUGCAUUUGUUUACAAUGAAAUUGGUAAUCCAUAUGACGUAGUUAAAUCAGAUGAAAAUAAUUCACCGCUUGCUAAUUGGGAGUCGGUGCCGAAUUUGACACCAUUAAACCUGUACUACGAUGUAACACCGCCCGAACUGGUAUCGGCUGUUGUCACAGAAGUGGCCAUUCUUCCGUGUACAAGUGUUCCUGUAAUCUUACGUAUCAAACCAUCAGAAAUCGGAUACUAAUUAAAUGCAUCGCAAUUACUUUACACCGCCUCUUUUUUCUGUCUUUUUACCGUCUUUUGUUACGUAAUUUAUCACUAAUAAAACAUUAUUUGUUGGACUGAGUAACAAACAAAUUAUCAAAUCUUCUAAAUAGUUAGUGUAAAAUAAACAUGUAAAAUCAGCAGAGAUCAAUAAAGAUUAAUUGAUAUUUGAA